CAAGUUUCUUGAUUCGAAGUCACCCGCUGAAUUAAGACCUGCCAAAAUGAGCUACAUCACUCGCCGGGCCCUGUCCACCCUGAUCCCACCCAAGAUUGCAUCUCCUAACGCAAUUGGUGCUGCUCAAGAUGCUGCUCGCAUGGAACGUGUAGUCAGCUUCUACGCCCGCCUCCCCCGCGGCUCCGCUCCUGAGCCUAAGCCCACUGGCCUCCUCGAGCGUUAUCAAGCGCGCUACUUCAACGGAAAGAACGCAUCGGCCAUGCCAUUUGUGCACGUCAUUGGAACCCUCUUGGUUUUGGGCUACAGCAUGGAAUACUACUUCCACCUGCGCCACCACAAGAACCACCCUCACUAAAUGACUGUUGGUGGGGAGUUUCCUUUGUGAAGAAAUGGUGGUGGGAAGCGGGCUGUACAUAUAUUUGUGACAACAAUUUAUGGUCUAAAAGAGACCCAGCUGGUCCGCGUCUACUCAUGUAGCUAGAAUAUCAGUCAAGACAGAUGCAACUUGCUCUAUUUCUUUUGUUCAAAUCAUUGAUGUUGACAAACUGAGCGGCUUUCGCUUGUUGUAGAAGCUAACCUACACCUGUAAAAGACCGGAUAGUUUCGAUUAAAUGCUUACAUUAAGCAGCUAAUAUAUUCAAUCUUGAGCAACUAUA